AAUAACCUGGAUGUGAAUCAUACUGUGUACCGGAUAUUCUUUCAUUUUAGUUGAGAAAGGACAAUGGGCAUGCUAAUUGUAGCCUCUGGAAAGAGUGUGACAUUAUCCAUCAUAAUUGUGUUUUCUGAUCUUGAAGGAGCUUAGUAUUCCACCAAGAACGUUAAGAAAGCAGUUUAAGUAUUCAGACAACACAGAAGUUGUUGGGAUUUCUGCAUCCCCGUUGUCAUCUUCCACCCCUAACAAAGUGAUGACCUCACAGCAGCAUCCCCUCCCCAAUGCAAACGUCAACCCUCCCCUCCUUGUCCCCCAGAACUCUUCAGCUCACCACGGUAGGCCUCACAUUCACCCAAACCAGCUGGACUCUACUCAGAGUAGUGCUGCGGGGCACCUUGCCCCCCACAGAGGUCUGAUGGGUGGUGUGGGGUCCUCAUCAGUGGGGACCUCCAGCGGAGUGGCAGUGAACAGGGGCGCCUCGGCCUCCUGCACUAACUCUGCCAUUUCCAGGAGGCCCUCGUCGGGACGCUUCGAACCCUGGCCCGAGGAGGCCGUAGACAACGCUUACGGCUUGUACUCGCUGCACCGCAUGUUUGACAUAGUGGGAGCCCAGCUUACACACCGUGACGUGCGAGUGCUCUCCUUCCUGUUUGUGGACGUCAUCGACGAGUAUGAGCGAGGAGGCAUCAGGAGCGGCCGGGACUUCUUGCUAGCUCUGGAGCGCCAGGGGCGCUGUGAUGAGACCAACUUCAGACACGUCCUGCAGCUGCUCCGCAUCAUCACACGGCACGACCUGCUGCCCUACGUCACACUCAGGAAGAGACAGACCGUGUGCCCAGACCCAGUGGAUAAGUACCUGGAAGAGACGUCAGUGCGUUAUGUGUCCCCCAGAGGAGGAGAGAGCAGGGAGGCUACACCCCAAAGGAGGACAGGCCCCCAACCAGUAAUAUGCUGUUCUCCAUCGGGGCCCCAGGUGGGCCCCCCCCGCACCAAGCCAGGCCCCCCAUUACCGAACCGCAAAAGGAAGAGGGCCCACACCACAGGAGACUGCAGGGAGAAGCAAACCUGUGACAUCCGCCUACGAGUGCGCGCCGAGUACUGCCAGCACGAAUCAGCGCUUCAGGGAAACGUCUUCUCCAACAAGCAGGAGGCUCUGGAGAGGCAGUUUGAGAGGUUCAACCAGGCAAACACUAUUCUCAAGUCCCGGGACCUGGGCUCCAUCAUCUGUGACAUCAAGUUCUCGGAGCUCACAUACCUAGAUGCUUUCUGGCGGGAUUAUAUCAACGGCUCCCUGCUGGAGGCCCUGAAGGGCGUCUUCAUCACAGACUCACUCAAACAGGCAGUGGGCCAUGAGGCCAUCAAACUGCUGGUCAAUGUGGAUGAGGAGGACUAUCAGGCCGGCCGCCGCAAGCUGCUCCGGAACCUGGUCACUGGAGGUGGGGCCGGGGCUGCUGCCACACCCGAAGGGAGCAGAGGGACUCCAUCCUCUUAGAAGCGCAUGUCUGCUUCUUUUAGCAGGGGGGCACCCAUGUCCCAAAUAAGAUAACUUAACGGCGAGGACAGAAGCAAGGAAAGUAUAAAGUACGUUCUGAUUCUUGAAGAAGUAUGAGGAAGAAUGCUGGGUGCCCUGCCCUUUCAUCUAUGAAGGGAAUGUGAAAUUAAAGUGAGCAAGAGUAAGUUGAGUUAGAUGUAUGGAACACAGACAUAAGAUAAGUGUUUUGAAUGUUGAAGGUUUAGUUUUUUCUGCUGGAAGGACAAUGCUAAUAUUUUAUAUUGUAACUUGUGAAUUGACUAUAAAAUCUGAUUUAACAUUUUCUUUUGGUAUCACACAGCUCUUUGCCAUAAAGUGUUCUUGAAAUGGCCCCUAGUAGACUAUUACUACACAUGGCUAUAAACAAGUCCCUAUUGGGACAUUUAGCAUUUUGUUUACUGCCAGAGAGGGACAAAAUCAUUGUAAGCCAGGGACAUGCCAUCAUUAUAAUUAUUUGGUAGUAAAUCAUUGAAAAAUAUUUUUGGUAUGUUGUCAAAUGAACAAUUCUUGUGUGGGUCAUUCUUGAUGAUUUGGUUCAAAAGGAUUGAAAAGAUUAAGCGUACUGAGUGGUUUCAGAUGUGCUUGAGAAUUGCAAUACAAACAGAAUGCAGUAAUAAGUAUUAAAAAAACGGCAAGUCAUUUUGAAAUAAUUUUGACCCCAAAUACUGUAUCUACUCUCAUCUCAAAUACAAAUGUCCUUUCUGAAUAUGUGUAUUCA